AUGGCCCCUUCCUUUUCUUCCCUCGGCACCUGUUCUGAGCCGCACGCGGCCGCCGACGGCGGCGACUGCCAGGCUCUUGGGGGUGAGCUGCGGCGCCCGGAAUGGGCCUGCUAUUCGGAGAUGCGCGCUGCCCUCCCCUGUUUCUUGGAGCUGUAUGACAAGCGUCCCAUUCAGAACAACCUGGGUGGCAUGCAGGUUGACCACUCCUUUGCCAUGUUCUUCACGCUGCGCAAGCUCCGCCCCAAAGUGGUGAUCGAAAGCGGUGCCUUCCGUGGCCACGGAACGUGGAUCAUCAAGCAGGCGCUGCCUGAUGCUCGCAUCAUCUCACUCGAUCCGGAGGUUGAACCAUACAGGAGGCUGGAUGGGGUGGAGUACAAGCUGAAAGGCAGCUUCAGAGACGUUGCCAAGAUCGAUUGGAAAUCCGAGGGUGUUGACCCCGCGGAGACCAUCAUGUUCAUUGAUGACCAUCAGAGCGGCUACAGACGCAUUCUGGAGCUGAUGUCGCAGGGCUUCACGCGCUUCAUCUUCGACGACAAUUACCCCUACAACAAAGGGGACAACUACUCCCUGAAGAAAGUCUGCGAGAUCGAGAGACAGUCUUUGUGGCGGGGCACGGUCGUCGACAACUUUUCCAAAGCCAAGUACAGCGUGACCUGGGAGUACCACCUGAAACACGCCAACUUUCUGCCCAAGCUUUUCCGAACUUACUACGAGUUUCCCCCGCUGGCCUCGCGGGAGCUCUCCGGGGCGACGUGGGAUCCGGAUCACACGACGGCGCCGAUCGUGUCGGAUCCGGCGCUUUUCAAGUCCCUUGGACUGGCGGCGACCCGUGCCAAGGAUCGGACUCAGAUGCACACGUACACACACUGGCUUUACGUGGAGAUCAACAGCGAUCUGGGCGGUGAGGUCCCCCCCCCAUUGUACCCUCAGCAAGCGCCUGCUCCUGAGCCCUCGGAGGCCUGCUCCGGCGUGGUCGCCUCUGGCCAGACCUGCUCUCAGCCGCAUUCGGCCCCCGACGGGGGCGACUGCCAAGCUCUCCGAGGUGAGCUGCGGCGCCCGGAAUGGGCCUGCUAUUCGGAGAUGCGCGCUGCCCUCCCCUGUUUCUUGGAGCUGUAUGACAAGCGUCCCAUUCAGAACAACCUGGGUGGCAUGCAGGUUGACCACUCCUUUGCCAUGUUCUUCACGCUGCGCAAGCUCCGCCCCAAAGUGGUGAUCGAAAGCGGUGCCUUCCGUGGCCACGGAACGUGGAUCAUCAAGCAGGCGCUGCCUGAUGCUCGCAUCAUCUCACUCGAUCCGGAGGUUGAACCAUACAGGAGGCUGGAUGGGGUGGAGUACAAGCUGAAAGGCAGCUUCAGAGACGUUGCCAAGAUCGAUUGGAAAUCCGAGGGUGUUGACCCCGCGGAGACCAUCAUGUUCAUUGAUGACCAUCAGAGCGGCUACAGACGCAUUCUGGAGCUGAUGUCGCAGGGCUUCACGCGCUUCAUCUUCGACGACAAUUACCCCUACAACAAAGGGGACAACUACUCCCUGAAGAAAGUCUGCGAGAUCGAGAGACAGUCUUUGUGGCGGGGCACGGUCGUCGACAACUUUUCCAAAGCCAAGUACAGCGUGACCUGGGAGUACCACCUGAAACAUGCCAACUUUCUGCCCAAGCUUUUCCGAACUUACUACGAGUUUCCCCCGCUGGCCUCGCGGGAGCUCUCCGGGGCGACGUGGGAUCCGGAUCACACAACGGCGCCGAUCGUGUCGGAUCCGGCGCUUUUCAAGUCCCUGGGACUGGCGGCGACCCGUGCGAAGGAUCGGACUCAGAUGCACACGUACACGCACUGGCUGUACGUGGAGAUCAACAGCGAUCUGGGCGGUGAGGUCCCCCCCAGCUUGGCCUGA